GAAGAAAAACCUCUAAUUUUAGGCUCUCUCUUCGGUCAAUCCUCUGAGUUCCGAGUUCUCACUCACUCUCCAUUUUUAUCACAGUAUGGAUGAUUACUACAGGAGAAGCCAUGUUCCAGCUUUUGGUACCUGGGACUGGAACAACGCUCGACAAGCUGCCUUGCUUCGUUACACCUCCUACUCUCAGGAUCGGGAUUUAUACGUCGCCGGUGAUCUCUAUCAAAACGACGUCGUUACGCCUGCCGUGAUCAUGAUUCAUCGCUCAAGGGGAAGAGCUAGACAAUCACACAUCAAAGAAGAUAAAAAGCAAAGCUGGGAAGAAGCUCCUAUGCCAAGGCCAAAACCCAAACCCGUUGAUGAAGAUCUCUAUAAAAUCUCACCUGUCCUCUACGCUAAACCCAAAAAGAAGAGAGUAUUGAGCUUCUUUUCAAGCUGCUUGGUGCCAACUUGUGUAAAGUGAAGUUUUCGAUGUUGACAAGUGCAUGCUA